CUGUUAUAUGAAUUUAGUCACAUAGUGAAUACAAAAGAGGAUGGAAAAAAUGUGCAGGCUACUGAGAUGACCUUUGGUGGUAUUUGGCAUUUUUUAUAAGCCAAUUAUCAGUUCUUCUCUUUUCUCCUCUCUUGUCAGAGACUCCUCCCAAUUCUCUUAGUUCAAGUUUGAGUUCUCAAGAUUUGUUCUACUCUAGAAAAAGCUUCAAUCUUUGGUGAGGAAGAAGAGAAAGAGAGAGUAUUGGAUUGACAAUGGAUUCAGGUGAUGCAUCCAGAUAUUCAGCUGGGGUGGACGAUGAUUAUGAAUCUUUACUUUCAACGACUGAUGCGGAGCUCUUAAAACGGGCAUGGCGGAAUGAAAAGUCUGCUCCUGAAAUUCUUCAAUAUGAGACUGCUUUGGUUCAAAGAUCCAGAGAACAAACUCAAUUGAUGGAAGAAACAGUAGAGGAUUUUUUCAAAAAUGGUGUGGAUCCACUCACUGCAUCUCUUUACCAAAUGGACCGCGACAGAACUCUCUUUCUAUUGAUAUCAUAUUUAAGAACCCGUCUAAAAGGUAUGUCUUUAAAGCGUGAUCUGUUUGCGCGGCAUAGGAUCUCAUCUCUUAGCAUCAAAAAUUAUGCAUUUCACAUACAAAAAAUUACUGACUUAUGGAAUCGUCUAUCUAAACAAGAGCAGAAAUUUGUUGAAAGGUGUAUUGACGACAUGGAGCAACAUCUAGAUCAAUCUGUUCUCUCAAAGUUGCCUCAUGGCUUCAAGUCCCACUUGAAGCAAUCUUCACUAAGUUUGGGAGAUGACAUGGUUCCUGAGCCGCAGCUACAUCAAUAUGUUAUCUGCAGAAGCAAGAGAUUGUUAGGAUCCUUUCAGCUUGAUGACAGUGGGGAAGAACCAGUGAACAUCGAAGCCAAUGAUUUGUACGUUCUGCCUUACAAGUCCAUAAAGCCACUCGUAGAGAGUGGGCAGAUCGAUCUGGUAUGA